AUGCGCCACCACGCCCGCCUUGCCAUCCGCGACGACGGCGACGUCCAAUGUGGCUCUGGCGGCGGCGACCAGUCACUUACCAGCUUGCGCAUCGCGGCCAUCUUUAUCAUCCUCGCCACCUCCCUUGCCGGAGCCCUAUUCCCCGUCCUCGCUCGACGCACAAAGUGGCUUAGCAAGCACGUCCCUCAACCCGUCUUUGAGACCGCAAAGUAUUUCGGAAGCGGCGUGAUCAUUGCCACUGCGCUCAUUCAUUUGCUUGCUCCUGCCAUCGAAGAACUGGACUCUGAAUGCCUUCCUGCUGCCUGGGGCGACUACCCGUACGCUCUGGCCAUCUGCCUCGUCAGCAUCUUCAGCAUCUUCAUGGUCGAGCUCGUCGCCUUCCGCUGGGGCACCGCCCGCCUUGCACGACUCGGCCUCGCCCAUGACGCGCACGGACACGGCUUGGUGUCCCAUGCCGCGCACGGGCCGGAGACCGACCAGGCGACCCAGGCGAGGAUCGCCGGGAACAGCUCUUCUCCAGCCGCCCUGCACGUGGACAUCGCCAUUUCUCCACGCGAGAAGAGCCAGGACUCGGAGAGCUUGAACGAGCACGAGCACGCACAGCAGAACGGACACCUCUUUCCCCCUCACAAGCACUCUCACCACCACCACCACCCGCACGCCGUCGGGGACUCGGCGGUGGCACAGAUCGUCGGCAUCGCUAUCCUCGAGUUUGGCGUUCUGCUUCACAGCCUCCUCAUCGGCCUCACUCUCGCGGUGACCGAGGAGUUCAAGGUGCUGUUCAUCGUCAUCAUCUUCCACCAAACCUUCGAAGGCCUUGGAGUUGGCUCGCGCUUAGCGUUCGUCCAGCUACCGCCCAAGUACAACUUCGUCCCUGUGCUCGGCGCCAUUCUCUUUGGCAUCACCACGCCCAUUGGCCUCGCGAUCGGCCUCGGCGUGCGCGAGACGUAUAACCCAGGUAGCACCACGGCUAGCAUCGUGAGCGGCAUUCUGGACGCGUUCAGCAGUGGCAUUCUACUGUACACAGGUCUCGUUGAGCUCAUGGCACAUGAGUUCCUGUUCAACACGGAGAUGCUCAACGGCUCGAACUCGAAGCUCGCGUAUGCGCUCGGGUGCAUGAUCCUUGGAGCGGCCCUGAUGUCCCUCCUCGGACGCUGGGCGUAG